CUAUUCGUUUUUUGUUUAAGAAAGAAAAUACUCACUCACUUGCAAUGUGCUACCGCCCAAAAAAUUCUGCUUAUAGAUCACAUGUAGUGGACUCACUGCUGUCCACAGGUCGAAUAAAGAAAAUAUGUGGACUGCUGCAUCUCUCCUUGCUAUUUCUCUGGCGCGAUAUGAGAUCAUGGAUGGUAUCGGUACAGAAGGCGCGAUAAUGGAUCAUGGAUGGGAUCGGUACAGAAAAAUUGACGUGGCAAACACUGUAAUACUUCCGUGAAUCUGCCGUUUGACAGACGUUGGGCGCAUGACGAGAUGUGCGGUUGUUGAUAAGGAGAGUAGCACGCUCGAGAGCAAACAAAGCUUUCCUCUGUUGAAAACUGUGUUCGGUUUCAUCAGUUUCGCUCCGUUCUGUUCUUCAAAUUCAGCUCCUCGCGUCGCCGGACUACCGGUGAAGCUCUUCGCGUGGGUGCUGGAUGCGCCGGUCGUCGGAGCCGCCGUGCUCCACGUCCUCAAGAGGGAGAAUCUCAUCAAUAAGCACUGCAAUGCGAAGCUGAUCGUGGCCAAUUUGCAGCUCGUCUCCGACGCCGAGAUCCCGGAGCCGCCAUUGUUCGCCCCAGCUCACACCUGCCAAGAUCAGAAGGUUCAGAUCAACCUGAUUGCACGAUCAAUCAGAAGCCCAAGCAAAUAUGGCCAUCGACCAUUGCCACGGUCCUUCACAAAUUAACGAUUUCCGGGUGAUCUAUGGAGAUGAAAAGAGAGGUACCAACAUACAAUACGAAAGAACCUCAGGGUGCGAAGCAUAAAAGAGUCCAGCACCUCUGCACCUUCCAGAAUUUCUUUCUGAGUUCUCUCAUCUCAAAAGAAAAAGAGUUAUUUUUUGAGGAGAUCAGAUCGGAGAGCCCAGAAAGAAAAUAAAAACUCGAAGAGAUCUCCGUAUCUGUUCCCCUCUCUCCCUCCCUCUGCCACCAACCAUCUGCCUUCGCGACGAGGCAACCCGCCGGCCGGAGAGACGAAGAAGGAGAGCGAAGAA